CCUACCGGCCUACCCUGUUAUUUUUGCUGCUGCCGCCCCCCGCUCCCUUCUCUCUCUUUCAAGUUUACUGCGUGACCAACGGAGGUGGAGGAAAAACAAAAUGUUUCUCAAAGUACAGUUGCCCUGGAAUGUUAUAAUCGCUGCUGAAAACCUGGAUGCAAAAGGAUUGAUGCUUCAACGGGCAAUUAUUAUUCGCCUGUUGGGCGACUUUGCUGCCAGAAAGGCCACUAAGGAUCUUGGAUAUUAUCAUGCCGUCACUACUCUGGAUAGCAUAGGAGAGGGGAGAGUGAGACAGCAAACAGGAGAUGUUGUCUUCCCAGUUUUUUUUAGCGCCAUCACCUUCAAGCUGUACAAAGGAGAGAUUUCAGAGGGGGUUGUCCACAAGGUUCUGAAGCAUGGGGUCCUCUUGAAAUGUGGGCCAAUAGAAAACAUUUUUCUCGCUCCUCGGAAAAUGCCAGGUUACUGCUAUGAGGGUGGGGAGAGUCCACUGUUCCGGGACAACCUGUCGAAGAUUGAAAAGGAUGUCGUGGUUCGUUUCAUUGUGAUUGGAACAAUGUGGUUGGAGGCGGAAAGGGAAUUUCAAGCACUGGUCAGUUUGGAGGGCGAUUAUCUAGGACCAAUUUCUUAGUGUUAGGAAAUGCUCCCUUUGUAUAUGUGUAGUCUGUAGACCUGCAAACAUGUUUAUUAACCUUGUUAAUGCUCAUGCUGCCCUUCUACUUCAAGUCCUCCAAUCAACUUAUAAAUCGCAUGUUGGCAUAUUUGUAGCAGCUUCUAGUUUUCAUCCAUUAGAAGUUGUCCAAAUGUGGUGCUAUUUUGUCAUCCGGUGCACUUGAUGGAUAUUAUUGACUUAUUGUGGCAGAUUACAUAGUUUCUUUUUUGUUCCA